CCCAUUUCAUCACCUUGGACGCGAUACAUCGCUUUCUGUAGCCCGUGCGACAAUUUUGACACCCAUAUCGCGAAUAUUGCGACGCGUUGGUGGCGGCAAGCGCUCUUGGGCCGGUGACUCCUCUCUUUGCUGGUCCGCCCCGGGCCGCCAGGAUUUGCAUCGCACCCCCAUACGCAGCCCAACCACUCAUCACGUGCAUAGCGACAAACAACAAUGACGGCUCGCGCAACCGGCCAGCGCUUUCGCCAGCGCAAGCUCUCUACAAAGCAGAAUUUACCUGUGGUCCGCGAGAAUGAGGUUGAGCAGCUUGCCGAUGACGAUGCCUCGCGCCACAUUCCAAAGGUCGAGACUGGUGUUGAGAAGGGCGAGGAGAUUGAACACCAUUUGCAGGCCGUCAUCUCCGCCGCCCAGGCAGCAGCACAGGGCGCAGCUGGCGGCAAGAUAGCCCAGCUCUACAUCCCCACUCCAGAGGCGGUUGCCAGUAACCUGCAGUAUGAAGACCUCUAUCCCAAGCGCUUCACGCAGCCUGCCACUUACAUUCGCUUCUCGUCUACUGUCGAGGAUACGUCUGGCUGCCCCUACUGCAUGACCAGUGAUGAUGUUGCCUUUCUCAAGUCUUACAACCAGAAGCGGAGCAAGACCGACCAGUGCUCCGAGGAUGAGUUUGAGCAAAUCAUCUACUUUUUCGAGGAAACAACCUCGACCAAGCAGCCAUUUGCCGCUGUCGACAACCCACCUGUGCUUGCUUAUGAAGAGCUCGAAACCGAGUUCGACGAGCCCAUUAGUGAAUCCGCCCGACGAUUUGCAAAGGACAUUUACGAACACUGGAAGAACCAGCGGCUGCUCAAAGGCAACCGCCCGCUCAUGCCGUCGUUGAAGUUCGAGACCAACCUCGAGACCGAUGACGCUGAUCCCUAUGUGUGCUUCCGCCGCCGCGAGGUGCGACAGGUCCGCAAGACGCGCGGCCGUGAUGCCCAAGUGACCGAGAAGCUGAAGAAGCUGAGAAAGGAGCUGGAAGAAGCCCGCUUGUUGAUGUCCCAGGUCAAGCGACGAGAGGCAAUGAUUAGAGAGCAGCUUGCCACUGACAAGUUAAUCUUUGAACAGCGCCAUGCCGUCAAGGAGCUCAAGCGCAAACUGAGCAUCAAGGGCGACGAUGAUGAAUUGCUCAUCACGCAGAAGCCUGCUCCUAAGCCCAAGAGAACUGUCGACGUGGAGAGACAACGCCAGACACUGCCUGGCAUGAAACCUCCAAACACUCGGCCAGAUGGUCGGCUCGUCGACGGCGACAUUGUGUACCUCAAGGAGCAGCAAGCCAAGCGCACAGAGGCAAUCGAUAGUUUUAUCGAAGACAAUCUGGUCAAGCACCAGAAAUGGAACGUUGGCUGGGUCGAUGCGACAUGGCGACCCAUCACGCCACCUCUGGAAGCAGCCGCUCCCAAGUCAGAUUUCCGUACCGUCUUCACAGAGAGUCAGCUUCCUACGCCUCCUGCUUCUGUUUCUGACGAAGAAGGUGCUGAUGCCACAGCAGUGGCGCCGGUGAGGAAGCAGUCUGAUCCGCGGAGAACUGCGCGAAUACGCUUCGCUACGCCUCCAGACGACGUGCCGUACCACGACCAGUCUCGCUUCCGUCGGCGAAUCGGGAGAGGCGGGCGUUUGAUGGUUGAUCGGCGGGGCGUCAAGCGGCAGAAGACGGAGAGGAUAGACGAUCGUAUGGCAGACCGAUGGCGGUUUGCUGGUGACAGUAGUGAAGAUGAAGAAACGUAUCCGGUUGACUGGACGGAUAACCUGCACAUCAGAUACCGCAUCAUGAUUGAGCGGCAGGGCGAGAAGUCUGCUCAACAGCCUCCGCCAGGCCAUGCUCGCCGGCCGAUUGAGAAUCAUCAUCGAUCCGCAUCGGGACAUCUUCUUCCACCUGCUCCAGCUGCACCCAAUGGCGCCCAUGCUGCCAAUCCAACAGCGGGGAGGUGAUUUCUUCUUCGAUAUUCUUCUCUUCUUCGUUCAGCGCUUUGGAUCAUAGGAUGGAUUGGUGUUGGUGUGUCGGCAAGUUAUACCCUUUGUUUUAUUCGUAGGAGGAUCCAGAGAUCUACCAAAGUUAUGUACACUAGCCCCACAGAUGAAGGGAAGCAAGGUGGAUGCAUGGGUGGAGGGGAAUAUGUCUGGACAGAAGAACAAGUUAGCCAUGUGGAGUUCUUGGAUAUACCAUUCAAACGCCUUGCAAGGUGCCGCGAAAACCUUGCACGGCGCACAUAAAAA